AUGACGUCUUCCUUCUCUUUCUUUCGUUUGCUCUUUUGGAUAAUCUCCGUUUUCUUCCAAACAAUCAAAUCAUUGCUCAUCCCGAACAUUCCGUUACCCCCACCUCACUUCCCUCUUCUCCAUGUCCCAUACCUUCCGUUAGGCAGAAUUAUCGAUUUUAUGGAUCCUGAUGCAUUAGUAUCACUGUCUUUUUGCUCCCGGAAAACUCACUCUGUAAUAAAAACACAACGAAGAGCACCAUUCGAUGGACGUCUCUGUGUUUCAGGAUACGACAACAAUUUAUCAUUCCGUACACUUCAAAAUCGCAAUUGUGUGUUGAGUGUAAGUAGUAGCUACGCAUUCGUUACAAGUAUGGAAAGAGAAGAAAUGGAAUACGUGAGAAUGAACAGGCUGUAUGUUGGAGUGUACCGUUCGAAUGGAAAUCUUGUGCUACGCUGGUAUGGUGAUACAACGGAUGGAUUGAAAGAGACCACCGAUUAUGUGACCAAUCUAUUCAAUAUUGAUGUAUCAGAAGUCUGUGUAUUUAAAGAUGCAAUCAAAAUGAUUGAAUGGGUAAACAGAAGACUGAAAACACCAUUGAAAAAAGUGGUUUACACGAACUGGGGUGGCAUUCCAUCGGAAAAAGAAUUGAUUUAUCUUCUGAGGGAUUGUACAACUUUAUCUGAAAUAAGCAUUCACUCAGAGGCUCCACUCAAUUUCCGCUUCUCCAAAAAGUUCCGUAGAAUCGAUUACUUAGAUAUCUGGUACGGACCAUGGGUGACAAUUGACAACCUAUUGACAAUGGAUGGGAUCGAAAUUGCUCUGGAGAAUUCUACCCUCACUAACACUGAUUUGAAUCUCUUUCUGAAGCACUGGCUGUCUGGAGGGUGUCCUCGAUUGAAACUAUUUUGGGCCACGACUGGUUCCAUCAAUAUCUUUCAAGUGCUCGCUGGGUUACUGCAUAACGCUGUUUUUGUAGAGGAUCAUCGUGAGUAUGCCAGCCCCUUCGGACACAAAUGGACUUUGUGGGAUGGUUAUGACAUUCGACGUGCGGAUGGUGUGACUGCUACUGUAUGUUAUCAGCAGACUGGAAUCUUGGUUAUUGCUGUUUGGCCAGACACAGCUUAUAAUUAUAACUGA